CCAUGACCAUGUUAUUCAUAAUGGAAAUGGUAAUUUUACAUUUGUUACAUAUCUAUUACUAACAGAGCACCGUCGAGUCAGAUCCUGACUAUGUCCUGGAGCAGCAGGCUACGAAUGGAAGAGGGCGAGGAAGAGGAAGAGGAAGAGGGAGAGGAAGAGGGCGAGGAAGAGGAAGAGGAAGAGGAAGAGGAAGAGGGCGAGGAAGAGGGCGAGCUAGUGGACGUGGACGUGGCAGAGGGUCUGGCCGGGGGAGAGGACAGAGUCAGCUUGAAGACCCUCUGGCUGAAGAUGACUUCAGCAGAGUACAACAACUACAAGCUCGACAGAUAUCAGAUGAACAGGCCAGAAUUCAGUGUUUGAGCCUGCAGCAGUGUCAGGAGCUUCUGGGGAGAUGUCUGUUCAGGGAUCCCAGCCUCAUUUUUGAUCUAAUGGUCAGCGCUCCUCCACCAGGUCCUCCUGGCCAGGACCCCAAUCAACCUGAGGUGUGUCUGCAUGAGGUGCAGGGAAAUGCCCACUGACGUGGAAAGGAAGUGCUAUGGCCAGCCACCACAGAACUGCAUUUCCCUGCUACCUCAUGUGGACCUCUACAUCCUCCAUGAGGGUGUCCUUCGCCUGGCCAGGAGGAUCUGGAACG